GUCUGUUUUAAGGCUGGCGGGAGGCGGUGCCUUAGCUAAUGGCAGGAGCCGUUCUUGUUCCUAAGAGACUGGUGUAAACGGGCGGGUGGCGUUGAGCAGCGGAUGGAGCCGGCUGGUCGGGAGCCUCGUACCGAGCCCCUGGGGGGUCGCUGCUGCUCCUCGGCCGAGGAGGCUGCGCUGGAAGUGAGUUGGGUUCAGGGAUUCCCAAAGAAGAACUUUGGCUUUAUCAACAAUCAAACUGUCUGCUACCCUUGUGGCAAUUACAUCCUCUUCCGGGACAUUGAAACAAAGGAGACGACGGUGCUGCAGUGUCAGACUGGCCAGGUGGGAGCCUUUGCAGCGAAUGCCAACAGACAAGUGGUGGCCUUUUCAGACCGGAAGCUGAAUCCCAUCAUAUAUAUCUACACUUUUCCAGAACUGAGUAAACUGGCAGAAUUAAAAGGUAAUACUCAAUUGGACUACACCUUACUUGCGUUUAGUUUCACAGGCCCAUAUCUAGCCAGUUACUCUUCAAUUCCAGAAUUUGUUCUUUCAGUAUGGAACUGGAAAGAAAAUCUCCUCCUGUGCAGUGAGUCUCAGCCAGGAGUAACCGCAACCUCUCUAAGUUUUAACCCUAUGAAUUGGCAACGACUGUGUCUUGUUAGUGAGAGCUCUGUUACUAUCUGGCUUAUUGAAAAGAGUAAUGACGAACAUCUCCUUAAGCAAUGCCCUGUGAAACUGCCCGAUGAACGAGGGUCCAUGAAUCCUCAUGAAGAGCUGUUUUUCCCAGUUUCUCAUAGUGAAGAUCGAUACUAUGGCCCAGAUUUGCCAGUUUCAGCCGUUGCUGGACUGGUAGGAGAUGAAGCAGAAACAUUUGUGCCUAGAAAUUAUAUUAAGCCUGCAGUGCAUCCUACUGCCCACUGCUGGACUGGAACCUCAGAAGUUUACGUGAGCUGUGAAGAAGGAUAUAUUUUGACAAUUAAUGCUGAGACAUACAGUGUUUCUGUUCUCCAACAAAAACCUUUACCUGAACGCAUACGUACAAUAUCGGACGUGGUGUCAUAUGUUCACAAAGAAGUACAAAAAAAGAAAGGUGGCAAACCAAAGGAUCUGCAGAACCCAGUUUUAUCUUCCUUGGCAUUUUGUAAAGACGGACUGUAUGCAACUGGAAGUGGGGGCAUUUUAUUCUUUUAUUACAUCGAUGAUCUGCACUAUGAGAUGAAAAUCUGUGCUGAUAUCUUGCAACCGAUAACCACCCUCAUAUUCUCUCCUGAUUACAGUGUGCUUCUUCUUGUCACUGACCAGGGGGCAGUCUAUACUUACAAACCUUCCCACAGUGAAGAAGCUGUCAAACUCUUGGAUGCAUGCAGUGGUUAUUUUUUGGCAGCUGAUUUUCUUACUCCAGGGAACGAGUACUGUGUGUCUGUAGCAACUUCAGGUGAAGUACAAGUUUGGUUCCUGGAAGACGGAACUUGCCUCAGCAAGCUAAACCUACAUGUGGAGGCAACUGCGCUGGCUUGCUCUCCCUCCUCCAACAGCGUUGCUGUAGGGACCAAAAGAGGUGUCAUCUAUUUCCUUGACGUUACCAAAGUUGAAGCUCCACGGGUUGUUCACAGAAUUUUUCUUUCCACGUUUCCAGUGCUUUCUUUGCAUUAUGAUCAGAGUGGCCAGUUCCUCAUCGCUAGAGCUGCAGAAGGACAUAUAUUUAUUCUAGAUGCUCGACCUUCAAAAUUAUUCCAGGUUCUUGGAUAUGUAGUGUUGGAGGAUCAAGUGCUGGAUCUUUCUGUAGUUUCUGAGUUCAAGAGCGACUUAGUGGAAGUGAUGGUACUUGUUAAUGUAGCGGAGGUCCAGCGAGCAAGACUGGAAACUUUUUGUCUAUGUUCAGCACUCACAACAGAUAAUGCUAAGUGUGUUAAUGAACGCGGAAUACUUAAUGCUAACGCCAUUAAAAGGAAGCGAUAUGAUUUGGAUUGCCCUUUAAGCUCAGCAGUCAGAUUGAAGGAUAACAUUGUGUAUGGCUACUGUACCUGUGCACCUUUCAUCUGUAAAUACCAUCUCUCUGAAGAGAAUAUGUCAAAAGAUCUGUCAGUAUUUUCAUCAACAAAAAGGACUCCGAGCAAUCAGUUUGGAUCAGGGUUCCUCUGUUUAUCACCCAACAGCCAGUGGCUGGCGUCAGCAGCAAACAAUGGUGUUUUGAUCAUCUAUCAUACUUCUACUAUGGACAUACUUGCUCAAAAACACUGUCACUCAUAUCAAGGAGGAGGAAUCAGAUCCAUGGUAUUUUCACUGGAUGGCAAGUUUAUCCUCGUUAAUGGCAAAAAUGAUGGUGCCCUUGUGUGUCUGCAAUGGAAGAAGAUGAAGAAAACUGAAGUUAAGGAAGCUGAUAUUCACUGGCGAUCUCUUCUUGCUAUACUGAACACGUCUACUUCAAAUGAAAAUGUUGCUUUACAGUCUAUGGAAGAGUGGCAGUCUGAACCAGAAUCCACAUCAGGAUCACUUCCAGAAGAGAAAUUUAAGGAGGAAUCUUCCAGUGUAGAUGUGACAGAAGACGGAAACAUCCCCAGUUUGUAUUCAGACAGUACCGAUGAAAUGACAUGGCUAGGUCAGAAAAUAAAGAAGGUCAUUAGAGAAGAGACUCAGAGAUUUGCUAACCAGAAGAAGGAGCUCCAAAUGGGAAUUAAAGAGCUGCGUAAAACUAUUCAGAAAAUGAUGCAUGAAAAUGAACAGGUGCCAGACAUUGAGAAACUGGAGCAGCGGGAAUUCAACCUGGAUACAGAAGAACAGGAAAGAGCACAAGCAAAGGCUGAAGAAGAAGUGGCCAGGGUGAGGAAGCAGAUUGAGAUGGAGAAUUUAGCCAACCGCUAUUUGCAGGAUGUCAUCAAACAGGAAUGCUGGGAUGCCAUGUGUGUAAAAGGACGUGCAGUUAAGUGCUUCCAUACAGCUUGUGAAGUGAAGAAUUAUCCACUGAAGGAACGUAGUGAAGAAGAGCUGGAAACUUUGGAGAAAGUUCUCCGGUUAAAGAAGAUGGACACAGCUGAUCCUAAGGUUCAGGAGAAAAAUCAUGAGAUGGCUGAUGAUAGUGCAUCCUACUGCCUGGUUGGAAGUCUGAGCUCUCAGUAUGGUGGAGACACAUCUGUCCUGUACCAGCAAUGGGACUUGCAGACCAGAGAGCAGAAAGUCAAUCAGAUAAUAUUAUUGCAGGACAUAAUUUACAAAUUGAAAACUGCUUUUAACAAGGAAUUUGACAGAGUUGUACGACAGAAGGAGCAGGAGAUUGCACGAGUGAAAGAAAGAAACCUGAGGAUCCAAGAAAUCUUGGCCCAACUUGAGCUCCGAGUGGAAUUGUGGGAGCCAGCUCUUACAGAUGACGAGAUGCCAGAGCGAGCACUCACAGUUCAGGAUUCAGAGAUUAAAGCUGAAAAAUACUUGACUCAAAAAGAGAGAGAGAAAGCAGAAAUGAUGGCUAAGCUUGAAAUGGAAAGACGCUUUGCUGAUAAGGACAAUGACAGACUGCGUGCUCUUGAUGACAUGAUGGGUGGAGUACUAGAAGUCAAAAAGGAGGACAUCUUGAAACUGGAUAUUCCUCCACCUGCUUUUAUAUCCAAGCCUGAGCAUCUUUUGACUGAUGAAGAAAAGAAAAUACUUGGAAAACAUGAGGAAAAAGUCAAAGAGCUAAAUGAAGAAAAAGAAAAGUAUAGGAUGGCACUGCAAAAUGAAUUGAAGAAACUUGAAGGUUCCAUCCAGGAAACAACACAACAAUUUGAUAAGACUGUGUGCAAACUCUCUGAAAGGAAAGUGAAAUUAGAGAUGGUCAUCUAUCAGGAAGAACUCAAAAUACUCAAUCUUGUUUAUGCUUUACUGUUGGAUGAAGAGUUGGACACUAGAGAAGCUGGACUUCAUAAUUUCCUGACGAAAAAGCAGAAAGAAAAAGUCAAGACUGCAGGAACAAUCCAGGCUACAGAAGAUAAAAUGGAGGCUUACAUAGACACCUAUGAAAAUGCGAUAGAUGAAGAGAAGAAUGUGGAAUAUGGUUUUGCUAAGGAGUUUGCUGAUGUACCUGCCAAUCUCCUUGCUGAACUUUACCAGCUUUACAGACAUCGACCAAAGAUCUCAAGGACACAAAUGCUCCUAGACAGUGCUAACCCAUACCAGGAUUGUUCAAACUCAGCUGAAAAUUACAAAGAUGCACUUACCACUUUAAUGAAAGCCAUGGAUGAACUGGAUAGCCCUGAGCACAUGCCUAAUGGCUUAGACCCAUCUAUAUGGGAAAAUUUUUGUCUAGCUAGACGAAAUAAAAUGGAGAGUGAGGAGCUGGUGAAGUGGAAGGCUCUAACACUGACAGAGAUGCAGGGCUUUCUCCGGAGAAGAAUGGAUGACAAUGAGAGGAUUGAGUCAGAAAUAGAAGACAUUUUCGAAGAACUCACUUGGCUGCAGGAGGAGAAGAUGAAAUUUCAGUUGAAUUUGAUUAUCCAGUUUUUGCUAAAACAAGGACAGGUGGAAUUGGAAAGUACUGAGAUCCCAGAGUACAGUGAUGCCAUUCUCAUUAAGAGGAGCGUUGUUGAAGAACUGAAUUGCGCUAUCAUGUAUCAAGGAGAAAAAAAAAUUGCUAGCAUGGUGGAAUAUAAAGACUUCUCGAAAGGGAUAUUUAAACUGGAAUGGGAACACAAGAAAAUGAGAAUGCAGAUAGAAGAUCUGAAGCAGAAGGCUCAGGAUAUCGUAACGCUAUCUAUUACAAAAGACCGCCAGCUGUUUCUAACUGUGUUGAACUACAACAGCCGUAUCGCCCACCACAUUUCAGUGAUGGAGCAGACUCUUGACAUCAUGGAUCAGCUGCACAAGAAGAAGGUGAAGAAACGUCAGAAAAGAAUGAAAGAGCUGGAGAAAUGCAUCAGUUUAAAAGAACAAGAAAACUACAAGCUCAGCCUGGAGCUGAAAGAAAUGCUUGUCUCUGUUUCAGAAAGGAGGUGGAUCUUUAAGGCAGCCAACACAAAGCAUGUUUCUGAAAAGUUGGCAAAGCAGCGUCACCAAGAGAUUUUGAAGGAGAAACACCUACGUGAUAUCAUAAAGAAACAGGAAGGAGAGUUCAAAAUUCUUCAGGCAGAAGCUCAAAGACUGAGAUCAAGAACAUUUCCUGAUCUUUAAAAAUCAGACUUCAGGUAGAUUUAUAAUACCAUGGUCUUCUCAAAUAAAAAGAGCUUUUCUUCCUGAA